AUGGCAGAGAGAAUAACUGACCAGCAGGUCGCCGACCUGUUGGUGAUUUUGCGCAAAGAUGUCUCUGUAGACAUCAAGUCCCAGGCCGUGACGACCGUCAAGUCCGGCAUCAAGCAGCACACUGUGCCUGACUCCUGUGUCCAGCCGCUCUUCGAAGCCCUGCGAAUUGCCUCCAUGUCGCAACACGCGAUCCUCGCCAAUGCCGGCUUUACUGCGCUCAACCAUCUGCUCACGCGCCUCUCGCGCCAGGAACCCAAGUACAUCAUCAAGGAAGCAAAAGCAACCCUACCCCUGGUUGUCGACAAAUUGGGUGAUCAGCGGGAUAAGCUGAGGGCACUCGCGAUACAGGCCAUGACAACCAUGUACUUAGUAACACCUACCGAGGCCGAAAGAUUUGUGCGCAAUGUUGCCAUGGCAGGAAAGAGCUCAAGAGCAAAGGAAUCAGGAAUGCAGUGGUUACUUCAGAUGCACAAGGAUCACGACAUGCCAUUCAGGGCAUUUGUGCCAACCCUGAUGGAAUUAUUAGAGGACGCUGACGGAAUGGUGCGGGAAACAGCCAAGGGCACCGUGAUCGAGCUCUUUAGGCAUUCUAGGGAUGCCUCCAACCCAGCCAAAUCGGAUUUGAAGAAACAGCUCAAGAACUUCAAGGUGCGACCAGCAAUUGAGGCCGCCAUCGUAAAGGAGCUGGCUCCGACUUCUGCUUCCCGGAUCGAACCUGAAACGCGACCCGACUCGGCACCACUGGUACGACCAAAAAUGACUGCAAGCGUUUCGUCGCUUGGCCCCGAAAGAUCAAAUACCCCUGCCCCACCCGAGGCAAAGGCAGACUCGGUCGAGCCAUCCUAUGUCAACACAAACCGGGAACUAGAUGAGAUCUUUAGGGAGAUGCACAUUUGGUUUGAUGGCAGGGAGACGGAACAAAAUUGGCUAAAGCGUGAGGAGAGCAUCACUAAGCUACGCAGACUCAUCGCUGGAAAUGUGCCAUCCGAUUUCGCUGCCCCUUUCCUGCAGGAGUGCAAGGCUCUGCAAGAUGGGAUCAUAAAAGGCGUAACGUCUCUGAGAACCAGUCUUUCAAAGGAGUCAUGCGCCCUGGUCCAGGAUAUCGCCAACACGUUUGGGCCGGGCAUGGAUCCAAUGGUUGAACUGUUCAUGCAGACGUUUGUCAAAGCGACAGCCAAUACCAAGAAAAUCGCUUCUCAGCUCGCAAAUACAACUGUGAGCACCAUCGUGGGUCGGGUCACAUACAAUGCUAGGAUCAUGCAACACAUGUGGAUGGCCUGCCAGGACAAGAAUGUUCAGCCAAGAACAUAUGUCAGUGGUUGGCUCACGACGCUGAUCAAGAAGGAGGGUCACCACAAAAGUCAUAUUGAGCAUUCUGGCGGUCUCGAUCUGCUCGAGAAAUGCAUCAAAAAGGGCUUGACUGAUGCCAAUCCAGGGGUAAGGGCGGAAAUGCGUGCUACAUACUGGACCUUUGCUCCAAUUUGGCCUAGCCAGGCUGAAAAAAUUAUGAAUGGGCUUGAUGGUUCGGCUCAAAAACUCCUCCAAAAAGACGUAAACAACCCGAAUUCGACAGCCAAGGCUGAACCUGCACCGCGACCUGGACUCGGCUUCUCGAAGAGCACUAUUGGUACGACCUCGAAGCCUUCACUCAGGGAAACCAUGAUGGCCCAGAAGAGGGCCUUGACAACCAAGACAUUGCCACCACGACCGGGCUCUGCCAUGGCUGCGGUGUCUCCGGCGCGGACUACAUCAACCACAACCACCGUUUCCACAGCCUCCGGAGCUGCACCGUCCACGACGAGACCAAGGUCAGACACUGCAGGCAAAUCGCAUGCUGGCAUAUCUGCUGCACCCAUGCGGCCUGCAAAAAGGCGCCCAGAAAUGGCCCCAAGACCCGCAACUGCAGGCCCGUAUUCUGGUAGAAACCACGAUACCCGCGCAAGCCCUCCUGAUGUGAAGUCAAAGCCACUGGCAUCCAAGACAAUCUUGGGGUCUCCUAAAAGGACGGCGCCAAAGAGCAAGCCUGGACACCAACCAACCCGUAGCGAGACUGGUAUUACUUCUCCCCCGAGACCGCUUCACAGUAAGACUGCGCCAAUACUCGUCUCCCCGAGAACUAGUCCAGCAAAAGUCAAGGCUACAGUAUCAAAUCUUCUUCCAAGUAGCCCGUCAAAGGCUACUGAGGCAAAUGAGGAUUUGACAUUGGAAGUUCCCAGCAUUGACACCGUGACAGAGAGUGCAAACGUGCCACAAAGCCCGCCAGAAGCACCAACAAUCAUUACGCCCGAAAUUGUUGUGCCAGAAGAAGAUGACCAUGCUGCGGAACCAGCAAGUGUGGACGAUGCAAUUGCAACAGAAGGCGCUCCCACACCAGCACAAACACCCUCCAAAUCUCUGACAGUAUACGAAGACCCCUUUACAGAGGAUCAGGCGACGCCAAAGCCAACUGUGAGCGCAAGUCCAGAACGCCCUGUACUCGAAGAUAAGCCUGUCAAUGCAGAUGCGGCGCAGCUAUCCGGGCUGCCCAACGGAAAUGAUGCGACGCCGAUCACGCUGUCUGCAGACAAGUCUGGCCCAAACGCUCGACUACUUGACAGUGGUAUUAAGCGUGUCAAGGCACAGACCCUUGACGUCCAUGGCUUCCGCAAACUGCAGUCAAUCCUACGGGACCCCAAGUCGAUCCCAUCAGACAGCUCAUUUGAUGCUCUUCUUCUGGGAUUGUUCGAAUACCUGGAGGCACCUCUAGACUCCCUAGAGAAUACGAAGAUCCAAGAUGUGAAGGCUCAAAUCCUUGCGACAACAAAACUGUUGUUGAAGAAUGCUCGAGACAAUUUCCAGCCUCAUGUCUCGCGCGGGCUCGAAGCACUGAUUACUACUCGUGCCAAUUACGAUGCACGCACACACAUUGUGUCAGGUCUCGAGCUCCUGGCGGAAGAGCUUGCCAAGUUGGGGGAUGCGCCCACGAUUGCUGUCUCCAUGACCCGGCGCUGCGAGUCGUUACUGGAAAAAGCGGAUGCCCGUAGUGGUCGCAGCCUACAGAUGGGCCUCCACAUUAUGAAGCAGCUCGUCGAGAACCACGCCGACUACGACCCUAGCGAGAGUGAGCUUCAGGGCAUGUGCACCUUGUCUGCAAGGUGUCUAGACAGCAAGGAGAGUGGCGUUCGGAUGGACGCUGUGCACCUGUGCGUUCAGUUGCACGCCAGAGUCGGCGAGCAGAGGUUUUGGGACAGUAUCAAGGGACUGAAGGACGACCCAAAGAAUCUCAUCACUUAUUACAUUGUCAAACAUCAACGCGAAACGGGCAUGACCGCCUAG